GAGAUAAAAGUGGAGGAAGGCUCAGAGUCUGUCAUCCUGCCCUGCCAAACUAGACCUGGCGUACCUGGUGACACCUCAGUGGAGUGGACUCGCCCUGAUCGAGAACUCAUGACGGUCCAUGUGUAUCCAAACAGAAGUGAGAACCUUAAGAAACAGGACGACCUUUACUGUGGUCGCACAAAGAUGAGUGAAGACCUGCUGAGAACUGGAGACCUCAGUCUGACGCUGAAAUACCCCACAGAGAGAGACAGUGGAGGAUACAUCUGCACCAUCUACAGGGACAAAGACAUCCUGAGACAGAAAGUAGUGCUGCAGGUCAAAGAACCAUUUCCAUCCUGGGCCAUAGCUUCCAUGGUUCUCUUGGUUCUCCUGGUUCUUCUUGUUUCUGGAGGUCUUUUAUUUAAUUUCCGAUACUAUUUUAAGUCAGGUGAGUGUCUCCUACUACACUACCCAUAAUGCCGAUGGUUAGCAGGUGUCCUCUGGUGGCUCCUUGACUGUGGCUCACACAAACUUGUUCCAGAAGCUGAAAGAGUUGAGAGUUACAAGAGACACAUGAGAGCUUCAUGGUUUCUGUGCUGAUGUGUGUGAGACAUGGCCGACUGUGGAGGCUCAGUCUGUCUGUUCUUCUUCAUCCAACAUGUCUGCAGCACUUUACAGGACGCUGCAGACUAGUUACCAAAGAACGAGUCAGGAACACAUCAGGAACAAACUGAGACACAAUCUGACAGAGACUAGAAGACAAGGAGGGGACAAGGAGGUCAUGUGACCAUCACAGCUGCUGCUGAUGUCAUCAUGUUGUCCUUUGUUGUCCUUUCAGUCCCCCGGGUGGUGGAAGUGGUUUCAGGGCAGGAGUAUGUCCAGUUGCCCUGCAAAGCUAAAGUUCACCUGCUUGAAGACACUAAAGUGGAGUGGAUAGACAGUGAUAAUGACAAGGUCCAUGUGUAUCAGAACGACACUGACCACCCCAAUGAGCAGGACCAGGUUUACAGAGACCGAACGAAGAUGAAAGAAGGUCUGCUGAAAACUGGAGACCUCAGUCUGACCCUGAAAUACCCCACGGAGAGAGACACAAAGACAUACACCUGCACUGUCUACAGCACUAAGGGAAAUGUUCUGAUGAAAAAACAAGUGGUGCUUCAGGUCAAAGUGCCAGAGGUGGAGGUGGAUUCAGGUGAGGAGUCUGUCCAGCUGCCCUGCCAAACCACAGUUCACUCACUGAAAGAAGCCAGAGUGGAGUGGACGGACAAAGAGAACAGGAAGGUCAACGUGUAUCACAACACCUCUGACCUGCUUGCAUUACAGCAUCGUUUUUUCAGAAACCGAACAAAGAUUAAUGAUGGCCUAUUGAAAACUGGAGACCUCAGUCUAACCCUGAAGUACCCCACAGACUGGGACAGAGGAAUCUACACCUGUACUGUCUACAACAGGUAUAGAAAGAUCCAGAUGAAGAAACAAGUGGAGCUGAAAGUCAGAGGUCAGUGCUGAUUGACUGGUUUGAAAAACUCUCUAAUGCGUUAAACCAAAAAUAAUUAACUUUUA